AUGAGAUGGGGGAAAAGAAAGAAAGAAAGAGAGCGGUUUUUCUUGAGGAAUGGAGGUAAGAUGUUAGAACAGAUCAUCACCUCUUUUAAUGGCAAGUGCAAUCCCAUCCGAAGCUUCUCAGAGAAAGAGCUCAUAGGGGCAACAAACAAGUAUGAUGGAAGAAAACUCCUGCACGGGGACUGGAAUUUCUGCAUGCAUGAGGGAACAAAUGAAUCUCGUUCUGUUUUAGUCAAGAAGUUCAACAAAGAAAGGCAUGCGCCUGGGGAUCACUUGGAUAUUCUUGAAUUGGUGACAAAUGAAAUAGCAAUUGCAUCCAACAUGAGCAAUCACAGCAACUUCUUGAAUCUUUUGGGGUGCUGCUUGGAGACUGAAUUCCCCAUAUUGGUCUACGAAUUUGGAGUAAAUCUUUCAUAUCAGAUCAUAAACAGUCUGCCAUGGGAGACCAAGUUGAGAAUCGCAAAUGAAAUGGCAAACGCAAUCGCUUAUCUCCAUUAUGGCACCUCCAGAAUGAUCAUCCAUAGAGACAUUAAGAUUAGUCACAUAUACCUUAACCAGGACAACAUUGCCAAAGUGUCUGAGUUUCAACCUGGAGGAUUACAAUGA